AUCGAUAUACACAACUAGCUAUACUCACAAAUCGCCAAAAAUAAAUAACAAAACGCAUCUAAACAAUAAAAAAUGAGUUCACCAACGAGUAAGAAUGCUAGUGAAACGAACAACAAUAGCAACAAGCCAAAGAAGUCGGCCAAAACGAAUUCCAAUGCAAAGGGCGGCACCAUGGACACGCGCGGAGAAUUGGCGGACCUAAUCAAGAAGAAGGCAGAAACUUCGGAACAACUGGCCAACCUAGAACGACAGAUUUACGCCUUCGAGGGAUCCUACCUGGAGGACACGCAGCUCUGUGGCAACAUCAUACGCGGCUGGGAGCGCUACCUCACCUCCAACAAGGCAACCAACUCGAAGGCGGACAAACGCAAUCGCAAAUUCAAAGAUGCUGAGCGCCUGUUCUCCAAAUCCAGCAUUACCUCAAUGGCCAUAUGCAAUCCUGAGCGCGCCAGCGAAUCGGAUUCCAUAACGAAUGAAGACUCCAGCGACAAUCAGAUCUCAAUUAACCAGAACACAACAACUGCUCACGAUGGGGCUACAUCAAUUAAAUCUCAGGAUGAAAAGGAUUCGCCGUCCCAUCGAAACGAGUCGGGAAGCGUUGUCGGCUCAAGCAGCAGCAACAAGGACCUACCCAGCACGCCCACCACCAACACAAAAAGCAAAUUAUCAUCUAGCUCCAGUGCGACGGCAAAGAAAAGCGGACACAUUAAUAAGAAAAUACGGCAUCGAUAAUGAGCUCAAUCCAAAGCUUGGAUUAUCGUCGACCGCUCUAAAAAGAGUUUUAAUCGUGUUUUAGCGUUUCACUUGUACAUUUAAAUGAUUAAACUAAAUUAAUCAAC